CUGGAACUCCGGCCGGCGCUCGAAUUUCCCGGGUCGGGAGCGCGGCGCCUGCCGGGAAGGCACCGGGACGGUUACCCACCAGGUUCACGGCUGUGGCAGGUGGACCUCGCCAUGCAGAGCACCGACCUGGGCAACAAGGAGAGCGGCAAGAUAUGGCAUCGCAAGCCGUCCCCGGGCACUCGGGACGGAAUUAUCGUGAACAUCAUCCACAGCACCUCUGACUACCAUCCAAAAGUGUUGCGAUUCCUGAACGUGGCUUUCGACGGGUCAGGGGAUUCCCUCAUUGCUGGAGACCAUCAGGGAAAUAUCUAUGUUUUUGACCUGAAUGGAAACAGGUUUAACCUCGUUCAGCGAACGGCACAAGCCUGCACGGCCCUGGCCUUCAACCUCCGGAGGAAAUCGGAAUUCCUCGUGGCAUUAGCUGAUUACUCGAUUAAAUGUUUUGAUACAGUCACGAAGGAGCUGGUCAGCUGGAUGCGAGGGCACGAGUCAUCCGUGUUUGGCAUCUCUGUGCACGCAUCGGGGCGGUAUGCCAUGACAACGUCUUCUGACACCGCACAGCUCUGGGACCUGGAUACCUUUCAGAGGAAAAGGAAGCUGAAUAUCCGCCAGUCCGUGGGGAUUCAGAAGGUGUUUUUCCUGCCAUUGAGUAACACCAUUCUCAGCUGUUUUAAAGAUAAUUCCAUUUUUGCCUGGGAAUGUGACACUCUGCUUUGCAAGUAUCAGUUGCCAGCUCCACCUGAAAGCUCCAGUAUAUCAUACAAAGUUUUUGCUGUGACCAGAGAUGGCCGAAUCCUAGCUGCCGGAGGGAAAUCGAAUCAUCUUCAUCUGUGGUGCCUCGAGGCCACACAGCUCGUCAGGAUCGUCCAGAUGCCCACCAGCGUUCGAGCCGUUCGUCACCUGGAGUUCCUUCCCGAUAGUUUUGAUGCUGGUUCUAAUCAGGUCCUUGGAGUGUUGAGUCAGGAUGGUAUUAUGAGGUUUGUCAACAUACAGACAUGUAAGCUGCUCUUUGAGAUUGGGAGUGUUGAUGAGGGUAUCAGCUCCUCGGUGGUCAGCCCGCAUGGACGCUACAUCGCGUCCAUCAUGGAGAACGGGAGCCUGAACAUAUACUCAGUCCAGGCGCUGACGCAAGAAAUAAACAAGCCACCUCCUCCUUUAGUGAAAGUGAUUGAGGAUUUGCCUAAGAACAGGCUGAGUUCCGGUGACCUUCAGAUGAAAGUAACAGCAGGAAAAGUUCAACGACCAGCCUUACGGCCCAAGGACAGCAGAAUACAAACUAGAAUAUUGAAACAAGACCUGACUGGUAAUGUUGAAAACAAAGAGAAUGAAUUAUCAGAUGGGUUAAAUAAAAAACGUUUGCAGAUCUUACUAAAAGGAUAUGGUGAAUAUCCAACCAAAUACAGGAUGUUUAUUUGGCGCUCUCUGCUACAACUGCCUGAAAAUCAUACUGCGUUCAGUAGCCUGUUGGAUAAAGGCACUCACGUGGCGUUUCUGAACCUUCCGCAGAAAUACCCCAUCAAAAGCAGGAAGCUCCUCAGAGUCCUGCAGAGAACACUGUCCGCGUUAGCUCAUUGGUCUGCCAUCUUCAGCGACACGCCGUAUCUUCCGCUCCUGGCAUUUCCGUUUGUAAAACUGUUCCAGAACAAUCAGCUCAUCUGUUUUGAAGUGAUUGCUACUCUCAUAAUCAAUUGGUGUCAGCAUUGGUUUGAAUACUUUCCUAAUCCUCCUAUCAAUAUUCUCAGCAUGAUAGAAAACGUCUUGGCCUUUCAUGACAAGGAGCUGCUAAAGCACUUCACGGAUCACAGUGUGACCUCGCAGCUGUAUGCGUGGCCCCUUCUUGAAACGCUGUUCUCAGAGGUGCUGACCAGAGAGGAGUGGCUGAAGUUAUUUGAUAACGUCUUCUCCAACCAUCCCUCCUUCCUCCUGAUGACCGUUGUAGCCUACAACAUAUGUUCUAGGGCGCCUCUGCUCAACUGUAAUCUCAAAGAUGACUUUGAGUAUUUUUUUCAUCAUCGGAAUAACCUGGAUAUAAACGUUGUGAUUAGAGAAGCUUAUCAUCUCAUGGAGACCACGCCUAGCAGUAUCCAUCCAGACAGCAUGCUUGAUGCGUUCACGGCACUGACCAAAGGGCAGUAUCCCGUGUUUAACCAAUAUCCGACGUUUAUCGUGGACUAUCAGACACAGGAGCGAGAAAGAAUAAGGAAUGAUGAAUUGGAUUACCUAAGAGAAAGGCAGACGGUGGAAGACAUGCAAGCGGAAGUGGACCAGCAGCGAGUAGACGAUGAGGCGUGGUACCACAAGCAAGAACUGCUUCGUAAAGCUGAGGAAGCUCGGCGGCAGAUACUCUUACACGAGGAGGAGAAAAUGCUACAGCAAAGGCAGAAGCUAGCUGCUGUGAAGAGAGAGCUGAAGAUGAAGGAAAUACAUCUGCAAGACGCUGCAAGAAGGCGUUUCCUGAAGCUUCAGCAAGAUCAGCGGGAAAUGGAACUAAAAAGACUGGAUGAUGAAAUCGAGAGAAAGGUACAAAUGAGAGACCAAGAAAUCGCUAGCACCGCCAAAGACCUCGAGAUGAGACAGCUGGAGCUCGAGUCACAAAGAAGGCUUUAUGAGAAGAAUCUCACUAGAAGCCAGGAAGCCGUGGCCAAGGACCUGCGGGAAGAUGCGGACGCCUACAGACGGAGAGUGGAUCUCGAAGAAAACCUGUUGCACAAACUGAUAGAAAACGACCGACAGCAGAGCCAGAAAGCUCAGCAGGUAAUUGAGGCAAAUUUGGACCAAGCUGAACAAGCAUGCCUAAACACCGACUGGCAGAUCCAAGCUUUGUAUAAACAGAAAUGUCACGAUUUACAGCGAAGUGAAUGUUACCAGGAAGUGGCCAAACUCCUGCAGGAAAACAGAAGGAAGGAAGUAGAGGUUUUAAAGGCAAUGAUGGAAGAGGAGGCUCUGAAGUGGAAGGAAGCUGAAGAAAAAGAGUUCUAUCUGAGAUCAGAAAGGAAAGCUGCCGCCCUUUCAGAUGCGUCUAGAAGGUGGUUCUUAGAGCAGCAGAUCAGCGCCGCGGCAGAACACUCUGAGACUCCAUCCCACGGAGACAUGUCCGGGUGGCGGGAUGACCAGGGCGACCUGAGCAGCUUGCCCAGAACCUCACAGCUGAAUGACAUUUCUGAAACGGAUUCUUCAACACAAAUUCCCUUCAGUCGCAAGCUGGCGGAGUGGGACAGCACAGACCAGAAUCUCAUGCAGAAGGUGAGGAAUCUGCGCUGGAGACUGGCCGCCCAGGCUCGCAGCAGGUGUCAGGCCUCGCGGCUCGUGGCCACGUAGGAGACGCCGCGCCUUGGUCAGAGAGAGAGAGCCCUCCUUUGCAAUCAGUGACUGCUUUUUCCACUUAUUUAUUUAAAACUUUUUGCAUAGCAGAAUCUGUCCGUGAAAAUUAUGUGUUCUAUUUCACACCUUUUGGAUUGUAAAUGUCUCCUUGAACUUUUCUUAAUAAAGAUUUUGUAGAA